CUUUCGCUCCGAUGGCGCUGCUUCCGUUGACAAUGCGCGCGUUGCGGCAAGUCCGCCGUGUAGCCAACUUCAAACCCGAGUCGGACUUGGCAUCUUGCCUCGAGCUUCAUGUGGUCGACGUGCCUGUGCCAAGGCAUGGGCAAGUACUGUUGAAAGUCGAAUGUGCUGCUGUGAACCCGUCCAACUUGGCAAUGUUGCAAGGGUUGUAUGCCGACUCUGGGUCGACGCCGUUGCCAGUGUUCACGGGCACGGAGGGAAGCGGCACGGUGGUCGCCUCGGGUGGCGGACUCUUGCCGUGGUGGCUUCAAGGCAAGCGCGUGGGAGCCCUCGUCCCGUCGGGGGGCAUGUGGGCCGAGUACGUCGUGGCCGACGCCUCGCUCUGCAUUCAACUCCCAGAAACGAUUUCGUUCGAAGUCGGCACGAGUUGUUUCGUGAACCCCCUCACGUGCUCGUCGUUUGUCCGCAUCGCUCAAUCCCGCCACGUCAAGGCCAUCGUCAACACCGCCGCGGCCUCGGCACUGGGCAAAAUGCUGGCUCGACAUGCCGCCGAGCACGACAUCCAAAUCAUCGGUGUUGUCCGCAACCAAGCUCAAGUAGACGCUUUGGCCGCGUGGGGCGUAAAGCACAUCGUCAACACGUCCGAGCCCCACUGGACCGACCAACUCACGCAAUUCUGCUCGAAACUCAACGCGACCGUCGGGUUUGAAUGUGUCGGGGGCGACCUGCCAGGCCAAGUGCAAGCGUGCAUGCCACCCAACUCGGAGCUGUUUGUGUACGGUAACCUCACUGGCGACCGGUGGGCCGCCAUGUCCCCCGGGGACCUGCGCUACAACAACAAGCGCAUCUCGGGGUUCUUCCUCUUUCGGUACCUUGAGGAGCAAGGCUGGCUUCGCACAUGGCGCAUGCGCCGCCAAGUUGCUCGAAAACUCUCGACGACGUUUCACACGGACGUUAGCGCGUCCCACGCACUCGACGAUGCCGUCGUCGCCAUUCAACACUAUGCCAACCACAUGACCAACAGCAAAAUCAUCCUCAAACCAUCCCAACACUAACUAGCUCAGACACACACUUGGACCAUAAUCUGGUCCGUGAACGAUGGUGGACUGACUGCUGCGAUCGAUAGAACAGCCACGUUGUGGAUCCUGCGUUACCUUGUACUGAGGUCGCACAGCCUGCCGCCACGUCAAGUGUACGUACCAUCAUGGGUCUUCAUCAGGGUAUGUAGUACGGGAAAAGAUAUGUUGUUGACCAGUAGUCGAACCAAUUUACUUCUAUUUAGUAGGAUUAAUACUACGUACUCAUAUAAUAUUUGCAGCCUUGUCGAGAGACGAUUACCAUUCGGAGCGGCAUAUUAGUUGUACCUGCAUACAAAACAUAAGAUAUAUAUGUGGCACAUCGAUUAAAUAAUUACUACUUGACGUACUUUGCA